AUGAGUGAAAACCUACUAUCAAAUUGCAGACUUUGCAAUUAUCAAUGUGACAAGCGAUUAAUGCUCAAUAUUUUCGACGAAUCAUCGGGUUAUAGUGAAAAAAUCGAAAGUUACUUGAGUUUAAAGGUUUUUUCAACAGAUAACUCAUCACAUGUUUGCUUUCACUGCUCCCAAACUUUAGAUAACUUUCACAACUUUGCUACAAAAAUAAAAGCGAUACAGAAAAUUAUUUAUCCGGAACAAUUUCAGAUUCAAGAAAUAGCUUAUGAAAUUUGUGUUUUUCCACAACCGGAAGCUAACAUUGAAAAUGAGAAGAUUGACGCAGAUGAAAAUUUUGAAGAGGUUGUUUAUCAACCUCUCAAUAAGAAUAAUCAUCAACAUAAGGAAAUUAAAAUUUCAUCCACAAUCCGUACAAGAUCAAAACGAGAGAGAAAUGAAAAUUUUUUUGAUAAUCUUUUGAUGCCAACAAAAGUUAUUAAAAAAGCACCAGAAAAAGUUGAAGAAGAACAGACAUCGUACCGUUCCUUCGACUUCGAAGAAAAUCAUCAAAGUAUAAAAAUAGACCAAAAUGAUUCUUCUUGCAGUGAAGUCUCAGAAGAAACAAACAGUUCAGAAUGGCCAUCAGCUCAUAAAACUAAGAAUAUACCAUCACAGUUAGUUUCUCAGAAUGGUCUUUUAAUUUAUAAGGGCAAGAAACUCAUGCGUAUGAUGUCAAGUUUCUACAAUGCCAACUGUGAAAGUUGCGGCUCAAAAUAUAAACGACUGAAUGACUUAUUCACACAUUAUGAGAUUUCCCACGAAUGUGAACCUUUUGUGACAUGUUGCCAAAUAAAAUUAACUAAAUUACCACGAAUGAUUUGGCAUUUUGUCAAACACAUUCAACCUGAACUUUUCAAAUGCAAUAUUUGUUCAUAUAUUGUGUCACGACCAAAGUUUCUUCAAUUACAUCUUCAAACUCAUUCAACAACAGCAGAACGACCGUACUCUUGUGACAAAUGUGACAAAAGAUUCAUUUGGAAAGGUGCUCUCAAAUCUCAUCUGAUCAAUCAUCAACCAGAAGCGGAAAGAAAAGUCUUCCUUUGUUUAUUAUGCAAUCGAAAGUAUCAAAGUGCUGGCUCACUUGCAUCGCAUAAGAAAGCAACGCAUGGCGAUAAUUCAGCAAAAACACGAAAUCUUUGUGAAAUUUGCAGCAAAAGUUUCUCCACAAUAACGUCUUAUAAGGAACACAUGAUAACGCAUAGCAAAGACAGUGUAAAACUUCAAUUAAAAUGCGAGGAAUGUGGAAAAUGGUUGAAGAAUAAUCGGUGUCUUAAAUCUCACAUGUUGUUGCACGCAAAUAUUGAUUAUAAAUGUACAAUUUGUGAUUAUGUUACGAAGAAAGAAAAACUUUUAAAGAAUCAUGUCAUUACAAGGCACACAUCAGAUCGUCCAUGGACAUGUGAAGAGUGCAAUAAAAGUUUUAAAAUUAAACGAGCUUUAGCCAUUCAUAAGAGACAAAGUCAUGGAGUUGAAGCAAUAAAAGGAAAAACUUGUGAAUUCUGUGGAAGAAAAUUUGCAAAUGCAUCAAAUUAUUAUACUCAUCGGAAAAAUUUCCAUUCAAAAGAUUUGCAAUCAAAAAUUGACAAGAAAAAUGAAGAAGAACAAAUGAAACGCAUUAAGAUUGGAUUGGAGACUUCUUCAAGCAAUAUUGUGGGGCGUAGUCUUGUAUCUGGGAUUGACAAUUGA